AUGUGGCUGACCCCAAUGGGCCAACGCACGCUCACCGACGCCGAGCUGCAGCUGUGGCUUGCCGGCGUGACAGAGUUUUGCAGGCAGUUUUGUCAACCACUCAAGCGCGGCCCUGGCACUGGCGACGACGGGCGAAGCCUUGCUGGCUGCGGACUGGUGUUUGCAGGCGUCGGGAUUCCCUACCCUCUCGGCGCCGAGGCAGGCGUAUUCGAUGACUUGCCGAUCGACACGCUGAUCUUUCUCGUGACGAGAAUCACUCGCGCACUCGUUCACUGUGAUGUGGUGCCACUGGCUCCGAGCGUGUUUGCCGAGAGCGUGAUCAACGGUAUUUUCGUGCUGCUCGCUGACCGUCUGGACGAUGAGAUUACAGCUGCCAGGCUUGCGAGCGUUCUGUCGCCGAACGCACUGAGCAAGUGCACCGCGGCUCGAGGCGUGCCGUCGCUGUCCGAGGUGUUGCAGCUUGAAAGAGGGCAGCCCCCGAGUAAAGCUGCUGAUGGCUCUUGCGAGUUUUGGCGCACGCUCGUGUUGCAAGGCCACCUGUCUUGCCCGUCGGAGCAUUCUGCAAUGGCUUGCGGUAUUGAGAGCACAAAUGACAAUGUCGCUUCCCGUGACACUGCUAAUGGUCUGCUACCGUCUCCGUCAUGCACCGCGCGAGCUGUGUGGAUGAAGCUACUGCAAAACAUCAAGCACCGGAUUGUGCCAGAACGAGACUCCUUCCACAGCAUUGACUUUGCAGACCCAGCCGAGUUCGAGUCCUUCUACUCUGCAGCCCUGCACCUGCCCCACAUUAUCAACAAGGCUGACAGCAUGCACAAUCGCAAGGAACUGCAAGAUGUGGUUGAGCGUCUAUUCAUCAUGAAUGCAGCCAGCGAGGAUGAAGCAAGCGAAGUCUCCCAUCGAUCGCCUGAAACAUCUCCCGUGGCUGUUGUGCCCCAUACCCCGCAGACCAGACCAUCCGUCGCUCCGGCCACUAGCCAAACCUUGGUCCCACUGUUUGCGCCUAUGCAAUCUACGCCUGAGCCUGCCAUUGACAGCAACAGCGAAGGGACGGUUGUUGCGGCAUCGCCGCCAGCUCAAGGCGACGAAAACAGCAUCCCCGGCUCCGUCCCUUCUCUCUGGACACGCUCGGGUCAUGACAAUAUGACGAUGGUGCCUGAUGGGGCAAAAACGGUCAAGUGGAGUGGUACGCCACGACGAGCAGCCUUGCCAGUCCUGCGCUCGCCUGGAAAUCACCAUCUCCUUGCCGAGCUGACUUCGCCCAACAUCAAAGCUGCACGCCAGUCGACCCCGCGGGAAAAGAGCUCUGCUGCAUUGCCUUCCAAUGGCAUGGGAUCCAGCAGAGCUCACAAGAGCAGCUUGGCAGGCAAACAUGCACAGUGGCAAGAUGCUGAGCAGUCAGAAGUUGAGCUUGUGCCCGACACUCCUCAGUCACGGCUUGCACCGCCAGAACGGCCCGUGUCUCGACAACUUCGAGCGACACCAGCACUCCGCCAUGCACGCGGCCGGCAUUUCACAUCGCCAAGCUCGGCCUCUGUCGGUCGUGGCGUCAAGCAACAUCGCUCUCAGAGCACGUUUGGUGCUCGCUUGAGCCAAUGGAAGGAUGCACUUCAUGGAUAUGCCCAAAAGAUGCUCUUUCCAAGCCCUGAUGUCCAUGUGACUCUUCCAACGCACUUGCAAAGCCCAGUCCGACCUCCAGUCUCGGCUGUGCAGGUUGCUCAGCAGCUGCUUUUGGCAUCGCCGACGUCGCCUCGAACGCUGUUGCUAGUGCCAUCGGCGCUUCCAUCAGGCGAGAACAGUCUCAAGUCGCCUGCGCUCGACGUGUUCCGUCCAACUCGUGCGGGACGGUUUCAAGUUUUCGAAUUUGACGAAUGAGAGUUGAAACACCAGCACGUCGGUUGUUGCCAGACUGUUUCCUGCUCGAUGGUUCUUGAAUGUUUGUGCU